UUCUGCUCUAGCAGCAGUAACCCUGUACUCCUCUAGAUGAAUUUCGAGCCAAACAACUGCUGUCAACGUCAUCCCACUGACAGUUGUUUAUGUGCUUUUUUUUCCUCUGUGCACGUAAACACAUAAUUGGAAAGGAAUUUUUCUUGUGCGUGGAAAAAAGAAGAGAAAAGAGGCGUAUCUUUCUGCAGUGAAACAAAGUAAAUUCUUGCUUAAAACCCUUAUUCCAAACGGUGUUUGUUUGAUGCCCGAGUGCAUAUCCCUCUGGUCGUGUCGGUAGCGUGUGUUGAGCGUUGAUUGUUUCAAGUGGCCGUGUGGGUGCAUGCAUGCAAACGCCAAGAUGCAUCUCUCCAGCGAUGUCUCGAAUGCGCUGAAGCACAUCGAAAUCAUCAAGCAGACGGUCGAGGAGAUGGAGCCCAACAAGCUGCAGCUCAAUGUAAGCGAUGACCUGAAGCUGGUGCUCGAUCUGCUGCAGGAUCCAGUAUUUCGUAACAUCGUCCAGAUCCAGGACUCGCUGGCAGAACUGAACCAUCAGAUCACGCAGCACCCCUCGAUACUUCCGGGCGACUUCGAUAUAGCGAACAGUGGCGAACUAGUGCUGAGCGUACCACCCGGUACGGAUCUGUUCGAGGCGGACUAUCAGGAUGAGCAGCGGGUACCAUCGGCACAGAUCUCGCCCGGUAGUCCCAGUCCGGGUGGUAUGCUGGUCGUGACGCAGCCGAAACUGAAUCUACUCGACCACGGUCAGCUCCAGGCAACUGGAGGUGGUUCGAUGGUACCGACAGGAGUUGCGACCGUACCACAGCAUCUACAACAACAGCCCCUUGAUGCGCAACAGCUGCUGAAUGCGUCGAUGCAGCUGACCAACGACACGUCGCUGUUCGAGGUGCCUUCGAUUGUACAAGACCAUCAUCACAAGCUUCAUCCGGAGCAAACCGAUCAGCAUCCGCUCGGUGGGCCGUUUAACGAUUCUCCUAAAUCGGUACCGGAAACGAUCGUUGCUGGCGCUCCUCCACCGGACUGGUCGCGCAUUCUCGACAUCGAGCUAGUGAACGACGGUACCGGACUGGGUUUCGGUAUAAUAGGCGCACGCACGACAGGAGUCACGGUGAAAACGAUUCUCGCCGGCGGUGUAGCAGAUCGUGAUGGCCGUCUGAAGAGUGGCGAUCAGAUUCUGCAGAUCGGUGAUGUGAAUCUGCACGAGAUGGUUUCCGAGCAGGUGGCUUCCGUUUUGCGCCAGUCCGGCACCCAUGUACAGCUCGUAGUGGCACGACCGAUCGAUCCAGCAACGGUUGGUACCACCGAGUACGAUCAUUCCGCGAUCGUACCAACGGUGCUGUUAGGAAACCCGCUAAAGCUGAAGCAAUAUCUAGCGGAUUCCGGUUUCGGCGACAUUUACAGCGUGUAUUCGAUCGCAAACCUUGACAGUCCGGGAACAAUGGACAAUCCGUUUGGCAAAGAAAGCCCACUGCCAGACUUCCCCGAAACGGAGGUGUUUACGGUGGAGCUGCGAAAGGAUCAGAACGGGUUGGGCAUUACGAUUGCCGGGUACGUGUGCGAAAAGGAGGAACUGUCCGGUAUUUUCGUGAAAAGUGUCUCACCGGGCAGUGCGGCCGAUUUGAGUGGAAAAAUUCAGGUGAACGAUCGUAUUAUCGAGGUCGACGGACAGUCGCUGCAUGGUUUCUCGAACCAUCAGGCGGUGGAUGUACUGAAACAGAGCGGUCACGUAGUUAAGCUAUGUCUCGAGCGGUAUCUGCGUGGUCCAAAGUAUGAUCAGCUGCAGCAGGCCAUCGCAGCUAACGAGAUGAAACCUCCAACACCGGCCACACCACCACCACCGCUCGGUCCAACCGAUCUGUCCAAGUAUGGUAGCAACAUACUCGACAUCUUGCCACCGCAAGCACUGCAACGCACCCAGGGCAAGGAACUGGACGGAUCGGCAGAGAUAGAGGAAGAGCUAGACGAUAGCGAUGUGGUCGGGAUGGGUGGAGAACACGCAUCCACCGUGCACGUGUCCGCUCACAAGAAAUUAUCCCGUGCGAAGGAUUCGAUCGAUACGCAAGAAUAUCGGGAAAAGAUCAAGGAAGCGACAAUUAUCGCCGAUGCAGGUGCGUUAGACGAGAACGCCCUGAUGGAUGCGACCAAUCCGGUAGCAAUUGCACGCCACCAUCAAAGUGCGGCAAAGUUGCGUAGCUCUCUAAAGGGCGCUAGCACGGUGGUAGAGGAAGCCCAGCAAGAACAGGAUCCCGACACGGCGUACAUCGUAAAGAAGUGGACCAACAUACUUGGCCCGGAGGUACAGAUAAUAGUGGCGAAUAUACGCAAAUUUGCCGCAUCGAGUGGACUUGGGAUUUCGCUCGAGGGUACGGUAGAUGUGGAAGGUGGCAAGGAAGUCCGUCCACAUCACUACAUUCGUUCGAUCCUACCGGAAGGUCCGGUGGGACAGAAUGGUUUGUUGCGUUCCGGUGAUGAGUUGCUAGAGGUUAACGGUCAACGGUUGCUCGGAAUGAAUCAUCUGAAGGUGGUAUCGAUCUUGAAGGAGUUGCCACAGGAUGUGUGUAUGGUGUGCGCUCGCGGUGAUCCGGAUCUGUUGCGGUUUACCGAGGAGCAGCUGAUCAGCUCGCUGGAGGCAGACGCAACCAAACGUAACACACAGCAUCAUCAUCAUCCACAGUUGCACGGUAGCUUAACGCCUUCGGAACGAUUGGUAAAAGCAAAAUCAGAUGGUAGUUUAGCCACUACGAACGGUACGGGUAUCGGUGGUGGACCCGGUGGUGUCGGUGUGGGCGAUGGUUUUUCCAAGAUUAAAUCGCGCAGUCUCGAACCACUCACGGGGCUAGCGAUGUGGAGCUCAGAGCCACAGAUCAUCGAGCUGAUCAAGGGUGAGCGUGGACUCGGUUUCUCCAUACUCGACUAUCAGGAUCCACUCGAUCCGAACGAUACACUGAUCGUUAUCCGAUCGCUUGUACCCGGUGGUGUGGCUCAGCUCGACGGGCGGCUUAUCCCCGGCGAUCGUCUACUGUUCGUGAACGAUACGAUCCUAGAGAACGCUUCGCUCGAUCAAGCGGUACAAGCGCUGAAGGGUGCCCCGAAGGGUGUGGUGCGCAUCGGUGUCGCCAAACCGCUACCCAUGCAGGACUCGUCACUAGCGGCACCAUCGUUCGAUGAGAAGAAUGUGCCAGAGAGCAAUGGGGCUGGUAACGGUAGCGGUAAGAUGCUGUCGCUUGCCAAACCGGAUAUAAUAAUGGAAUGAGGAUGUUUAGUCAUAAGCAGAAAUGAAUAUGAGCGCUUUUCGGAGCUGUACCUCCGCCUGGACGCCCUGCUUGAGUUGAUUGAUGGUGCGACCAAUGCCGAACGGUUUGUCGUUUAGUUCGGUUCCGGUUGUACCACCGUCUGCCUCCCAAAAAAAAACCACCACCAACACCACCAGCCAGAGACCAAACGCAAACCGCUAGCAGCAGAACCCCCUAUCGAUGUGUGAAGGGAAAACCGCAACGCAAAAGCGAACGAAGCAAGAUCGCUACCUACCGAUUACCGAACCUUUCCCCCCGCAGAAGCCUUUCUACCCUUAACCAAACAAACAAUCCCCUGCGUAUGCGCUUGGCCUUUGGAUUGCUUAUGUGCUUUUUUUCGGUUUGGAUGACGCAUUUUACGUUUGUCAUGUAAACCCCCCAAAAACAGUUUCGAAUGUACUAACAUUUCCCGGCUACCCGGUAAAUUCCGUCUUCCAAUCGAUUGUUGUUCGAGUAUGUAAAACGCUUGUGUUUGUAAAGAUAUUGCUCUCUUAUAUUUUCACAUCCAUUUGUCAUCGUUGCCUAGUGUAGUCCGUAUGGGUUCAUUCCUCAUGAAACGCAUGGAACCAUCCUCCCAAUCCCGUAACGUUCCCACGCACAUUUUUGCACCCAAAAUGAUUGUUUGAUGAAAACCAAACAGAAAUCAAAUGGCAUAAGAGAAAACAACAUAAUGGUAUUUAAAGUUAUCAAAUAUAGAGCCAAUGUUCAGUAUACAUGAAUAACUAAAAAAAAAAAAAGACGAAUCAUAAUCGAACGUCACCAUCUUUUCCUCACACAUACAAUUGCACACUGGUGUGCGGAAUGGCCAAACACGCGCACGCACUACUGUUAAAAGAAAAUGAAAACAAAAAAGGGAAAAGAACAAAAGUACUUACGAACUACUUGCACCAAUAUUAUGGACACAAGCACACACACACACACACACACAAACUGCUUUCACUAAGUGCACCCAAUUUCUUGUCGUUAUUGCACUUUUUGCACUCGAAAAGGAAGGAACUAGCUCGUUCAGGUUAAUUAAGUUCUUACUAUGAAAGCCUUUCGGAUCAAAUGUCGUUGUCAGAAGCAGCAUCUUUGCUGCAGGUAUUGCUAUUUAGUUAAUUGUUUUUAGUUAAAUAUAUUACACGCCGCCGGCGUGAAAGCGUAUUAGUUAGCUUAAUUGUUUGUAGCAUAAAUAAUGCAAUAUAUUUUAUACUACUUUAUGUGUUUGUAACUUAAGACAACGACAAACAAAAGGGGCAGCAAAAUUUGUUUUCUAUAUCAAGAGCUAUCGUCUGGUUAUACUCUCAAAAUGCAACUACACUCAAGUACAACAUAAAAUGCACCAGUCUGAUGAAGAACAAAAAAUCAACACACAUGAAUAUACCCACGGCUAUCACACUUCACGUAGUGCACCCCUCAUUAAGCAAAACAAACUAGUGUCUAGUGUCAAAUAAUUCACAUUAUCAUCUCUAGUGUUUAUCUUUUCUCUAAAGUGCAUACUCUCACUCACCUAUUAUUACUUGGGUUUUUGGUAAAGUUAUCCUUUUCAAAGCGUUAAACUUGCUAUUAUGCCAGAUAAAAGCUUCAAGCGUGCGUCUGCUUGUGCUUGUGAUACUGACAAUUAUGUGUUCCGUUUUAUAAUUCGACCUUGAAUCUAAUUGUUCUUAAUAGUGUCUAUUUUGAGUUGAUUAAAAAAAACAAACAACAACAAGCAAACAAUUAUCCUUUAUCAUUUUCUUACUUUCCUAAACAACUAACAACUCUUCUCGCUCGUACUCGCGCGAUCUUACGCAAGCAGAACAGAAAAGCUAAUGGUGGAUUAUUGAUUUCUGACUUAUGACGUUAAUUGGAUAAAAAAAAACAA